UGCUCCAGUUACACAGAUCAUAAAGCCUCGUUUUGUGUUUUUUUUUGUUUGAAACCCUAAACCUGCACUCUCUGAGGAUAAUGUGGUGCGGCUGCUAAAUGACAGGGCGGCAGUAUCUGCUGAUAGCGUGGUCGAGAUUAUCGCCAACCAGGGAGAAAGCUGCAGGGACCCUCAAAGUUUGGGGAAAAAAAGACCCUAAACUUUGACUUCCAUAAAGUCAUAUAGAAAGAAUGAUAAUAGCAGAGUGUAAAAACAGGCUCUGAUCUCUCUGAAGAGGUCUGAGAAACAAAGUGGUGGUUAGAAAUGUACAGAAAAGGAUCAAACGAGGUUUUAGAAGUCAGUGAGAGCUCCUUAUAGUCCCUGUGGAGUUAGUCUGCUUCUAUUUCAACUAUAUCCUGAUGCAACCCUGAGUCUUCAUAUGGAGACUUUAUAUUACGAGUCUAUAAAAUCUGAAAAAUCGAGAACAGAGGACUGAACCUGCACUAAGAAGCAGAAAUGUUCAUGUUCAUAUGUUAUAGUCGUAGCUUUAAAGGGUUUCUUUGACUUCCUGUUGGUGAUAAUCGUCACUAAAUAAGAUGUCGGACCUUCACCUCGAUUAUUCUGACUCUGAUCUGAUCAGAGCUCAAAGACCCGGGCUUCGUUUGAUCAUCCCACACGUCCUUCAGCCUUUUCAAACCUUCACUUUAUUAAAGAUAAGAACUUUAUAGGGAAAUUAGAUACUUUUUAUAUUAUUAUAUUAUAUUUAAUUAUUGAUAUAUUUGAUAUAUAAAUAUUACAGACAGACUGAGACCUUUAUUUUACAUUCAAAAUGCUUCCCCAUCCAGUCACUGUACUUCCCACAGUGUCCACAAGGUGGUGCUGCAGUCAAGGAGUUUGACACAGAAGUUUAGAUGUACAGAAAGUAGGAGUAAAGAGCUCAAAUAGAGCAUCAGGUCAUCUGAAAGGUUGUAAAUUUAAAGUCAAAUUAGACGGUUCAAAAUAUUUGUCCACUAAAAGCUCCAAAAAUCUGAACUAACCCUUUAAAAUUCACUGAGCUGUAACAGAUAUAACUCUGGAAAAAUGUCUUUGUUUAAACUUUUAUGUUGUUUUUGGUUUAGAUUUUAAAAUAAUCAUAAAUAAAACCAAAAUCUCCCAUUUGUUCUGAUGUUUUGAAACAUUUGGACCGAUGGUAGAACAGCGCCCUCUGCUGGGCUUCUGUGUGUUGAUCUGCUGUUUUACAUGUAAAUGUUGGAGCUUUUUGAACAGAAAUGGUUUAAUAAGAGGAAUGAUAAUCUUUUAAUGUUUCAGAGUGAAGGUGUUGUGGAUCUGCUCGGCUCUCCGGCUCUGGAGUCAGAUCAUGAAAGUGAUUUAUUCUGAAAACUGGAGUCAAAGUAAAGUUUGUUUUUGUCGAACAUUAAAUGAGAGUUUAUUUUGUUUUAGAAAUCAAGAGAGAGAAUUGUGACGUUCUCGAAUUUAAAAAAACAGCUUCAAGAGAAAAAAAAGUUUCUCUUCAAAUUUUUUAUCAGAAUAUUUAACAUUUGAUAAAAAUCUGACGGAGAGUUUUUCUGAAAGUUGAUAAAGAAAACAGAACAUUUGUCUGAGUUUGGAUCGGUCGAUUAAAAACUGUUUAAUCAGUGUUGAUAAAUUAGGGGGGGGUCUGCUGUUCUGUGGUUGAACUCAGUUUUAAUUAUAAAAGCCAUGAAAUGAUUGGACUUUAAUUAAAGCUGUCCUCUCUCAUUAAGACAUGACGAGGAGGAGAGCUGGCGGUCUCCUGGGCUCCUCUAUUUAUCUCUGAGUUAACCUCUGUCAGCAGCUGGCCGCCACACUCCCAGCAUGCAUUUCAAUGAGGGUUUAUCAUCAGAGCGGGUCAGUACACACACACACACACACACACUGAGCUUCGAAACACUGAUCCACACAUUUAUGUUAGAGGGUUUUAAAGUCUGCAGGUGUUUUUUUUCUUUUAACCAUCCAGUCGUUUUCUUCAGUUUCUCCAGGAUGAGGUCUCAGCAAGUGGACCCAGACCAGCAGACUCUGGGUCUACCGUGAGUCCUCCACUCAAACGUUUUUCUUAUUUUUUAAGUUCUAAAGAGGUUUUAUGUUGAGUAAAUGUAGAUGUCAGAUAACACAUCACUGUUUUUAACAUUUAUGAUCAUUUCUUCAUCAUGUCAGAAUGUGGUUUGGGAUCAUAUGAAGGUCUUUGUCUGGAUGGACGCAGAUGUUCCUCCUAAACCUGGAGAUAUUGUUUAAAACUGAGGAUGCAGCAUCUAUGAUUUCCAGUUCUAUGUUGAAAGGACAACUGGACUUACUUGAGACGUUUCGCCUAAGUCCAGUUGUCCUUUCCAAAAGAGUGUUCAAUUUCUUGCUAAUUUCUUUAGCACAGAGACUAAACACAACUCACCUACUCUCUUCCAGCAGACGCUUGUUUAUAGCGAGACCUCAAGCCAGUCCAUUACAGUGGGGUGCCGCAGCUCAAGGAAGAACAUUUAUGAUCAUUUCUUUAUCAUUUCCUUGAAGUAAUAAUCACCAUAUUAAUCAUUUUACAGACGCGGUAGUUCUUCUGUCUUAGCGUCUCAGUCUGAUUGUAUUUCCAUGAAGAAAUAAAUAGACAGGAUGGAAAGAAGAAACAUGUUUUAUCUGGAUGUAUACUUUCUUUUUCUACUUUAUCAAAAGUGAACCGAUUUUCACGUUGUUACUUCUACUGUUACGGUGGCCCUGAAGGAAAAUUACAGGAACACUGAAAUAUCGAAUAAAAUCUGUGUCAAACUAAAAAACUUUUAUUUGAAAUAAACUAUUCACUGGGUGCUAAAACUUACCAUGAAUCACCAAAAACAUUUAGGAAACACUAAAAAGUAAAACUUAAUUCAAAAUAUUAAAAUACAAAAUAUUUUAUGACACAUUAAAAUGAAAAAAACAUUUAAGAAGACGCUCUAACAUUUUACAGAAACAUGAAACAGUUUAUGAAAAAACCCAAAGAAUUUCUUUGAACACUAAAAGAAAUCUCAAAAACAUUUUUGUCGUUUCUAAAAUAUUUCAUGUUUUCUCUAAAAUGUUUUAAAUGUUCCAGAAUUUUUUGUUUUGAUAAUUAUUUUUUUGUUUUGUGUAUUUUAUGAGUUAUUCUAAAAGGUUUUGUCUUUCAGUGAAAUGUUUGUGCGUUUGUCCCUCUGAGCCUCCGUAGAAUUCUCCUCUUUUCCCCCCAAAUGGGUCAAUAAUCCAGCAGCCCUCCAUCUCCCCCCUCUGUAGAGUGAGAGAUGGUACGACCCGCCGCCUCACUCAGCGGUCACCCCUCUCUCUCUCUCUCUCCCUCUCUCUCUCUCUCUCUCUCUCUCCCUCUCUCUCUCUCUCUCUCUCUCUCUCUCAGUAUCAGUCAGACACUCCGAGGCGUCAGUCUUCAUCCUCCUCCUCCUCGUUUGCUGCCUCUUCUUCUUCUUCUGUUGUUAUGACCCAUUUCAGGAGCGACUGCCACCGAGACAGAUGUGAGUACACACACACACACACACACACACACACACACACACACUGACAGUGAGUUGGCUGUAUUUUGGAGGCUCCUCUCUGGUUGAACUUGUUUCUCUGAGUCUGUUUUUGUGUUUUUGCUGCAGAUUAAAGAUAAUUCAAGUUUAUUGAUGAUCUCUGAUUGAUCAUAAACGCCUCUUUGAGACCGCUCAGAUGUGUGAGGAUGAGAUCAGCUCACAUGUGGAGGAUAAUAACAUUUCAUUCAUUAACGCAGGUGCAUGGAGGUGUUUUUAAGGACCAGUUUGAUCCGUCCUGAAAUCAUGAGGGUUACGUUUGAGUUUAUGAGUUUGAUACGGACUAAAAAGAGAAAAGAAAGACAGAAGAAUCAAGAAGAUAAAAAGAGUGUAAAGUCUUAUUUAUCACCCUCUUUACUGCUCCUCUCAGUUAUCGGUAUCAAUGUUUCUGUUGAUCAGAAAACUGUCUCUUCUCUCCUCUUCACCAAACUGAACAUUUGGAGUCGAGAGAGAGAGCGUCUCCAAUCCUGACUAAUUCACUCUAGACUUUAGAAAUGGUCAGACAGUGGCGUGUAAAAGGGUCAAAGGGCAAGCGUAGGUCCCCCGUUAGUAACUGGAUGAGCGCUGACUAAUCGGGUUUGAUCGGGGUUGGGGUUAGGGUCGGGCAGAACACGGUCCACGGUACCUCCUCAGUUAUCUCUGCGAACAAAGACGUUAACUCUGACGUUAAACACCGUUCAGAAUCAACUGAAGUCGGCGUCAUGUUAGCGUUAGCGCUCUACUUCUCAGUUUGACAGAGGAGACGCCGAUUAACGUCAAAUCUAGCAGAGCUGUACGAUCGUGCUCAAGCUGUCUGUGAUCCAUCUUCGCUCAAAAACAGGGUUUGGAUCAGUCUUCAGUCUCAGGGUAACAGAUGAAAGUCUGACUCUCUUCAUUCCUCCGGGUCGUUCAGUUUUAGAAGAACCGUCUCUGUUCGCUCCAUCAGCUCUAAUAACCCGACGUCUACAAUCAUGAUGCGGUUUUAAGCCGAGUUGUUAAAUAUUAAGGUUUCAGUUAUCGUUUUUUUAAUUUAUGUUCAUGUGAGGUAAAAAAGACGUCCUGCUGAUAACUCACAGAUGGACCCAUCACCCAUAAUUGCUCUUCAUCACCGUUUCAUCUGAGCGGGUCUUUAAUUUUCUCGAAGUGGUUUAUCUCAGACGACUCUCGGGUCGGUUCUCUGAUAAAAAACUGAACUGACCUCGAUGACGAUCAGCCUCCGCUCUCAUCACCAGGAGUCGAGUUCGAGGUUCUGUUUGUUCAUCCGUAAAAUCAGGGAAAUGUCAGCGCUCACAUCCUCGCCGCUCUCAGGUGAGGAAUAUCAUCAGAGUUCCUGUUUGGUCAACCGGGGAAAAACCGACCCUGAAACUCUGGAGGAAGUUCAGGAGGCGGAUCUGAUUCACAGGGGUCAGCUGUUCCACAGGUGAGGGGGAAGGUGAUGCAAAGGCGAAUCCCACCUGGGUUUUAGAGCAGCUGAUUGGUUGACCUCAGCGCUCUGACCGCGGUAUGAACAUGGAGAAGCUCAGCUAAGUAAGAUGGCGCCGGUUUACUAACGGCCUUGAAGGUCAAUAAGAAAAAUUUAAAACUAGAAACAAGUGUUGAGGUUUCUGUUUCUCGCCAGUCGGGAGGCGAGCGGCGGCGGCGGAGGCAUUUUGAAGGAGCUGCAGCCGCUGAGUGGAUGACGUCUCUGAGCGAAAGAGUUAAAACGACCCGGACCAGAUCAGCAGAUCAUGACCCGCCCUCUCUAGAGCUUCAGGGAGCAGAUACGUCUUUACUUCACUGCUGUCCGUCUCCACUCUGAAGGUCCUCACACACCGGGAACGACGCAGAGAUACGACGUGGAAUUACGAUAAAUUCAGAGGUGAAUUUUGACUCGCCUGACUAAACACAUCAAGCGCGAUACGAUUUUACGACUUACCAGGGGAAAAACUGUCGCGACCCUCAUUCACCUGUGAUCGGAGAAUGAGGGCGGUGGUCGCUGUCCCAGGGCUGGUUUGGCGGUUAGUGAGCGGUGGGCUCUGUCACUCUCUGCGGUGGGGACUCGCACACUAGCCCUCGUAGACGUUGUCCAGCUCUCUGAGACGUUGGCUGAGGUUGUCGGCCGCCAGCUCGAGGGACCGCAGGCGUUGACCACGGUCUUCCCCUUUAAACCAAACUUGGUCAAACUUAGCCUCCAGCAGGCUAAAAGACUUUUUAAAGUCCGCCGCUGGCGCCUCGCGGUGUUGCUCCAGUAACACGGAGACAGCAUCAACUGUGAAGCUAGCUGCCGACGAUGAAUCGUCCUUUUUGGAAGAUUUGCCGCUCUUCGCAGUCAUUGGUGAUAAUAAACACCAAUAAAUUACAGCAAGUUUAGGUCGUAGAAUGUCGGAGUGAAAUGUUGUAAGAUGAAAACACGCAGGAGCCGAUCUUCGUUGCUUCUACUCCAUGUAGCCGCUAAACCGAAAGUCUCAAACAGACGAUUUCUUAAAAGCUUUUUAAUUUUAAUCAAAUGAAAUUUUUACACAAACACUGAAAAUGUCAGAGGAGGCGUUCAGAUCACGUUCAGAUCAGCUGUGAGAUGUUUGGCGUCUUUGUCCUGGACCCGUUUUAAACAGUGAAGACGGAUCAUCAUCAGGGAUAAUCGAAGGUUAGAGAGAGCAGCUCUGAUCGAUCUUUAAUGCUCUGAUCGAUCUUUAAUGCUCUCCGAUCGAUUUGUCCUUAAAGAUGAAAGAAAGAAAAAAACAGGAGCAGAGCGAGAUUCCUGUUGGACCGCCCCUCUGACCUUUGAUCGAUCUGAUCGAUCAGAGUUUUGCACAAUCAUUCGACGAUGGUUUAACCUUCUGUUGUUUCUGUUCACACAAACACGGCCUCAGACACCGGCUGAGAAACGGUUUCAAACACAAACAGAAUCGCUUGUUCUGGUCCGGUCCAGCAGGCGGCCCGGUCUCGGCUCUGAUUUCCUGCCAAACCCUGAAAAGCCUGUCCCUAAAAACCAAUAAGCAUGAGGGCGUGAAAUUGUGCUGUCAUCACUCUUUCUUCCUCUCCUCCUCUCUCAUUUUCCCCUCCAUCUUUCCCUCCUCUCUAAAGCCGAUGUGUCGUGCAAACAAUGCGAGGCAAUAAGCAAGCAAAUAGCUGUAAUCACUCAGUCGAUGAUGCACAAUCACCCGCUCAGCACGCCGCGGGAGUCGCUGCGACCUGGCAGCCUUAUCGAUCUCUGAGGGGGGACGAUUAAAGGCACCCCAGCAGUUAACAGAUGGUGAGUGACGGCGCUCAUAAACCCCGCUCUGAAAGACUAAUGUCCUACAAGCUGCAGCCGGCGUGGAGGCCGUAAACAACGCUGCGAAGACUGUCAGCGGGCGCCCUGGGUGUGCGGAGGAGGGUGAUGGUGGGCCGCUGCCUCGCCAAACACACCCCGACACGCAGGGGGGUCCGUCGAGCUGUGCACCAGCUCUGAUGGAGGUCACGCAGAGACAGACCGGUCUCUGUUUUCAAUUACAGCGAGCGAAGAGAUCUGAGCGGAGACGAGAGGAACAGAGAGGACGAGAGUUUGACUUUAGAGAAACACUUUCUGAUCCAACAAAGACGAAGAUUUUACUUUAAAGAAAACGUUUAUUUUAUCUCAAUCAAAAUCAUCCUAAACUUUAAUGAUCAGAUUAUCGUUUGUUUGUUCUUACGAGGGCGGGGCGAUAAACUGAAAAUUAACGACAAAGUUAGGAUCAUUAAAACCCACCUGUUCAAAUCGGCUUUAACUAACUUAAGUCUGUUUUUACUGUCUCUGUAACGUGUUUGUAAGAGCUAUUUAAAUAAAAUGUUAUGAUAAUUAUGAAGUGGUGAAGUAUGAACAGAGGUCAGAACUGUGAGUUAAAAACAGGGUUGGGUAUAUCGAUUGAUUUUGAACGAUUCUGAUUUUGAUUCCUCGUUUUGAUUCUUUAUUCUGAUUCUUUUAAAAGGCAGGAUAUAAAAAAAAAGAGUUCUUUUCUGAACUUCUCCAUGAAUUUUUCAAUGAUAUGAACUUUCUAAGAACUUUACUGUGAAUUUCUCACAUUUUUAACUAGGCCUGAACGAUAUAUCGUUUGACUAUCGUCAUCGCGAUGUACGUGUGUGCGAUAGUCACAUCGCAGAGCCUGCGAUAUUGGAGGUGAAUGAACUCAUUUAAUUUCAAGGGUAACCGACUGAGAUACACUCCAUGUGACUCUGCAUGUGCUGUGCAGCGAUCCACCAAUCGCCUUCGUCCUUAACUCAGUUGCCAAUCAGACUCACUUCUCAGUUGCCAAUCAGACUACCCUGCCAGCUGUCAAUCAAAAUCAGGGAGGAGAAAACCCACCCCUGCACAUGUUCUGCACAUGGAGGGAGACGUGUGUCCGCUGAGAAUUACUUUCGGAACUUUACUCAUGACUGUUAAGCCCAACAAAUAAGAACUGUAUGGGUUUUAAAUUGUACAUUUCCGUGGACCACUCUACUAUAAGCAGUGCGCGUUUUGCGAGGUGCAUGCAAUUCUCGGAGGACAUGCGUUUCUCGGCACAACACCGCUAACAACAACAACAACGAUCGCAAAAUGAACAACGAACAAGAAAAAAACACCGAAAAUGAAGAUUUGUUGCCAAAAAGAAAAGGAAAGUCAGUUAUCUGGAAUUAUUUCGGUUAAAAGAAGGAUGAUGUCGACCAAAACACGUCUUCUGUGUUCAUCUGUUGCCACAAUAACGUCCCAGCACAAUAAAAGCUAAAAAUAUCUCUGAGACAGACAGAAGCCGUUCUACUAACAUUCACAAAAAGAGGUAAGAUCAGAGCAGAUUAACUGUCCUCAAGAUUUCAGCAGUGCAGCAUAACAUUAAGUGCUAUUCAGGUCAUCUGGUGAAAAUACUGUAUUUUUAAUAUCGCAAUAUAUAUCGCAGGGUUUAAAAAAUCGCAAUAUUAUUUUUUUCCAAUAUUGUGCAGCCUUAUUUUUAACCAGUAUAUAAAUAUCAGUUUUUGUUGUUGGUCGUUUGUCUGUGAAAAAGUACACGCGCUAACGUUACAGUGUUGGAAAAAAGUUUGGAAUAUUUGUCACUUCAACCCCAGCCUCGUGUUUAACGCGGUCUGCUGCUUUCUGGAGAAUUAUUCAAAGACUUUUGAGUGUUCCCUGGUCUCUGUGAUAUGUUUUUGAAAUUCACAUCAAACUCUUUUGUUUCUCAAAAAAUUGUAGGGCGGACACCUCAUGACUCACAAAAAGCCAUAGAAAUAACGCAUAAAAUCAUGAGUCGGUAUUUAAUAAAUAAACGGCUGUAAUUUUAAAUUGCCACAAAAUACGUGGACCAUCUUUGAAAGCAACAUCAAACAUAACAAGACGAUAACAACAAUACAGUCAGUACUUUGUGUGACCGCCUCUAGCAUUGUACAAUGCGCGUACACGUCUGGGCAUGCUGGUCACUAGGUUGGUAAGAGUUUCAACCGGGAUUUCUCGCCAGCAUUGGAUCACAGCCUGAGUCAGAUCAGCCACGUUUGUUGGAGGAUCAUUCACGUUACAGGAAACACUGAAGAAAAUAUUCCAAACUUUUUCCAACACUGUAGUUGGUUAUUUAAGUCGACCCCCCGUACACAGUACAGUUUGUUAGAGAAAGACCGGUGUUGUGUCGUAGAAUGGAUCCCCUCCACUCAUGAGCUUCUUAAAGUGGAAGGAAAUGAUUUCAUAUUUAAAAAAAAAACACGAGUAUUGGAUCAUGAGCACAACACCGGCAAAGCGCGUCAAAGAGGGGAACUCGGGUGUUUCUCCUCCAUGAAUCCUGAGGUGUUUAAUCAUGUUGGUCGUUCACCCUCCUUUACAGGAUGUAACUGCGUCGCUAAUGUUGCUCUGAGAUAAGAGUUCAUUGUUUCUGCUAAAGUUGGACAAACUUCUGACCAACGAAGAAGAAGCUGACGAACACCAACGAGGACGGAGCGUACGAGACGAAGCCACGCAGAGAGAGGAGAGAGACAGAGAGAGCAUUUCAACCCACACUCGAUGGCUUCUUCUUCGUUGGUGUUCGGUGGCUAUUUCUUCCGGUAUCGAAAUUUAAAAAUUUGAACGAAUUUAAAAAAACAUCAUAAGGAGGUAAAAGUCAGAGUGAAGUUCAGACUGAGUCUGUGUGUGUGUCUGAGUGACAGAAACAUGUUUGUCAGAGGAGCUUCAUGGACGAGAGAGGAGAGUCUGACAGAUGGAGGCCAAUUAGACUCUCAGGAUGCUCGUUAGAGUGUCCGGCUGAGCCCGCUGUGUGUGUGUGUGUGUGUGUGUGUGUGUGUGUGUGUGUGUGUGUGUGUGUGUGUGUGUGUGUGUGUGUGUGUGUGUGUGUGUGUGUUGUUGUCAUGGUACUCAGUCGGGUUUUUCGCUCUAUUUAUUUAGUUUUGGGAGUUGUAUCAGUCACAGGGGUGUGUGAUGGUUUAGUGUGUGCGUGUGCGUGUGUGUGUGUGCGUGUGUGUGUGUGUGUGUGUGUGUGUCAGUCAGUGUUGCCUUCAUCGUCGUCUUCCUCACAUUAGCCGCUCAGACGUGUCGGUCCGUCUCGAACCUGAUCCGAUGGUUUUUGUUUUCAGACGUCGGGAUGAACGGCGAGCUGAGAGUCGGUCGCACCAUGGCGGCGAAGAGAGGAAACAGCGCCCUCGACAGGUGAGUUUGCGCCUGACUUUUCUUAUGAUCGUCUUGUCAUAUCGGACCCGCUCAGAGCUGACUGCGUUUUCACGUGGUCAAACUUCACCGCCAUCUUUAUCAGUCAGAAAAAUGUAAAAUCACCAGGAACAACGACAGAGAAGCUUAAAGUCGACGAUCUGAGAAGUCGUUAAAAACAAACUGAACCAUUGAGGCAGAUUUGAAAAAAGCCAGAACUACGGGAGAGGGGUGUGUCAAAAACAGCGAGAUGAUUGGAUGGAGAGGUGGAGCAGGAGAUUGACCAAUAGGAGCUGUCUGGGACGGAUGGCUCCCAUUGGUCGAUGUUUUUGCAGCCCUGCACCUGAUAGGGUGAACGGAUUUUCUCUGUUCUUUUUUCUCUUCACUUUGUGGAGAUCGCACUAUAGGACCAUGAUCGCCAUAGAAACGAGGGUCAUAAUAAUUAACAACCUCUACAAUCGUCAACCAUGACAUGUUACUGUCUUGUUGCUCAGCUCCAUGUAAACAAAACCUCGUAUUUAUCAGCUUUUAACUCCUGUGACGUCUUUUCGCUCGUUAAAACUUUAAUAAAACCAAAAGUAAAAGCUUAAUUAGUCGUCAGAGGUGGACAGAGACACGCUCCGUCUGUAGAGGAUUUCAAACAUGGACGUUUGUGUCAUUAGCAGCAGAACGAGUGUCAGUCCAGUCCAGUUUUCAGCUCUGCUCCUGUGGUCCUCCUGUGUGAAACAGACGGUGAGUGACGGUCCAGCUGUCCCCAGUUUUCACCUCACUCUCUGUUUACAUGGAAACAAGAGCCAAACCGUCCCCCAAAUCCCCACCGCCGCCCGCCGCUGGACGGAUUAAAACCGAGAGAACAGGACUCGGCGCCGUCCAGAGUCUGGAUUUAGAGGCGGGCAGCCUCACAGAGAGACUCUGGAGAGACGGUGAGGGUCUGAGAGGAGAACCAGGGGGGGACAGUUCACUCCUCAGACUUUAACAAUAAUUCACUUCAUCCAGCUCUGUGAGGAUUAAAUGAGGCUCAACGCCUAUUUCCUCCACCUUACUGCGAGAAAUGAAGCCGCAGGGUCAGAGGUCGCGGGCUGCGCCGAGGAAGUUAUGCAAAUCCUCUGCAGCGGGAAUCAGAAGAGGCGAAAGCCAAACAGAACUUAUCUUUCCGCUUUAGUGAAAUUAACCGGAUUAAACUGAUUCGAAGCAGAAUUACACGCUGCAGUGGAUCCACACUUCCUCAAAUAUAAACCGGGAUUAAAAAAAUUAAACUAUGAAUCUGAAAAGGAACAGAAACUUCCUCAAACUCAGUCGAGUCCCGAGAAACUGACAGAACUGUGAUUUCAGAACUGUCUGAUCCAGAUGAGACCAGGUCUUCAGGGUCUCUGUGUCAGUAUCCACGUGUGUUUGUCAUCAGUGAAUCCUCGCUCAGCUCAGCUCAGGGCCGUUUUUCACGCUGCUUCUGGAGUUUCCUGUUGUUAGUUUUGAUUAGCAGACAAAGAAGGAGGAGGAGGGACCCAUCUGGACCGCAACCUGCUGAGUUCAGACGAGACGGACUGCAGGACAAACACACACUGACACACACACACACACACAAACACACACAGGUGUAUGUGAAGAAUAAAAGGUUCAGUAAGACAGAAAUAAAAUUGAUAGAUUAUUAAUUCACGGCCGUCAGACAAUUUAUCAGUCUAUGAGUCAGGAUGGGACGAUAUGUUUUUCUCCUGAUUCGAUUUAAAUUGCGAUUCUACGAUAUCGUCAAUUUUCUCAAUUUUUAAGCUCCUUUCACACCUGCAGCGUUUUUUUCCUGCAAUCAUUUCGGACGUCAAGAUUUUUUUUCGAACCUGUAUCCUGUCUUUUCAAGCGUUCACAUCAGCAACGUUUUCCCGUCCUGCGAUAUUGCAGCAUUUAUUUUUUGUAUCACGGUCGAUUUAAAGUUUCACAAACUGUGUGUCCACUUCUGACCAAUCGGCACGCCUACGGCGAAACGUCUCAAGUAAGUCCAGUUGUCCUUUCAACGAGGAACUGGAAAUCAUAGAUGCUGCAUCCUCAGUUUAUAACAACAUCUGCGUCCAUCCAGACAAAGACCUUCAGAUGAUCCCAAACAGCACGGCUCUGUAGGAGAAGAGUCCUGGACUGAAGUAACAGGAUCUGAUCUGAUCCUGUCCGGCUCGGCUUUUUAUUUUCAAACCAUCAGAUUCUGUUUUUACCGACAUUUACAUCGUCUCACAACUCUUACAGUUUAUUCUGCAUCUAAGGAACAGAGAGCAGACACAGAAAAAUCAAAAGAGAGAGAGAGAGAGAGAGAGAGAGAGAGAGAGAGAGAGAGAGAGAGAGAGAGAGAGAGAGAGAGAGAGAGAGAGAGAGAGAGAGAGAGAGAGAGAGAGAGAGAGAGAGAGAGAGAGAGAGAGAGCACUGUAAUUAUGUCUUCUUGUCCCUCGAUCGUCCUGCUGAGACGAGCGUUUAGAGCAAAGAGAUGAAUCAGCGUUUCCUUUGAGGAGAAAAAUAACAGCUCGAUAAAAAAACAAGACAACAAAAACCAUUUAACCUUACACACACACACACACACACACACACACACACACACACACACACACACACACACACACACACACACACACACAGUAAGGAGGAUAAAUGGAGAAACUAAACUGCGUCCUUGUUUAAAUUCAAAGCUGUCUGUGAUUGCGGUCGCUGUUUUCUUUCUGUUUCACCUCAUCAGCUCAGAUCGAGGCGGACGUGUUUACACGCUGACAAAACAGUUCACUUUAAAUUUAAUUAAGAUUAUAAUGCAGAUAAAGAAAGAACGCCACACUCGCUGCGGCGUUUACUCGCUUAAAGAAACCGCAGGAAGAUUAAAAAGUUUAUCGGGAAAGAAAACCAGACGAGGUCGAAGUUCCUGGAGAUGAUUUUUUUUUUUCGCUCGUUCAAAAGGUUUUUAAAAGAUAAGCCGAUGAGCGGACAGAGGUCGAAGUUAACGCCUCAGCGAUGGUCGUUAAAUGAGGGUAGUUGUUGAAGCGUUUGUUGACCUACUUCUACUUCCUACGUAUAAACCAAGAAAAGACCAAAGCCAUGACCGUCGCACAACGUCAACACCUUCCACCAAUCACCAUCGGCGAACAAGACAUAGAGUACGUCAAAAACUUCACAAACCUCAGGAGGAACAUCUCAAACACUGGAGAAAGACGCACAGACCAGAAUCGGCAAAGCUGCAGGAGUCCUCCAACGACUCCGGAACAUCUGGUCGUCGAAAUCCAUCACCAUGGUCACAAAGCCACGCCUCUAUAUGUCAGCGGUCAACCCUACAGCGACCUACGCCUGUGAGACGUGGACGAAGACAGCCACCAUCACCAACAAGUUGGAUGUCUUCCAUCAACGGUACCUCAGAUCCUAAAGAUCUCAUGGAGAGACCACAUCACCGAUGAAGAGGUGAUGAGAUGGACAGGUGUAGCGCCCUCUUCUGACAUCGUCUCUGACAGGAGAAAGAGAAUGACCGGACAUGGACUCCGACCGCCAACAGAGGGAGGCCAAAGAAGACAUGGAGACAAACCGCCGAGGAAGACCUGAGCGAGAUGGGAGUCAGCUGGUACAGAGCAAGAAGGGUCGCUACAGACCGGAGCAAAUGGAGGGGGCUCGUCGCCCGAUGGUCCAACAGGAACGGGAGGAACUAAGUCUAAGUAAGUGACCUACUUCAGGGGUUGAUAGGAAACGGGGUCACCUGAUCAGGGGCCUCAUUCAUCAACCGUUUUAAACAUUCCCACGCAAAAUCUGAAAUUGAUCGACCUGGACUUGUUCUUAGGAACGUGAGUAAAUUUAAGCCCAACUCUGAGCAUGCUUACACACAAACCCUAGUGGUAGAACAGUGAAACUACAACUAGAACCAUUAAAGGGGUCACAGCGUUCAGCAGUCUCAGACUUCACACAUGUUCUCUGUUCCCUCUGUACAAAAUUGAUCAAUUAGUUAUUGAUUGAAUCAGCUGUGACAGGACAACCUCAGAAGAAGUCUGACAAGUACAAAAACAAAUACAAAAACAAGAAUCAUGUCUUAUUUUGGACCAUCGGAGGACUUGGAGAACCGCGUUUCCAAAGAGCGUGCUGAUCUGUUCGAUGAGAACACAGUCUGUGUUUGAAUAGAUUUAUGAUCCGUGAUUUAUAACCAUGUUGGAGCGAGAGACAAAACGCACCGACGCCAUCAUCCCAGUGACCAUCCAGCUCCUGUCCACCCUAACCCGACAUUUCAGCCUCAGAUCAGAGACAUAGACGACAUUUCACAGACAACGCUGACAGAAUCAUGUCGGCAGAGUUGAUCAAUAAUUUCUCUGACCUCGACUUACAUCCAGUUCCCAAACACACAUCAGCAACACGCCGAAAUAAAACCAGGAUUUCACACCAUCGCUGGAUUCCCAAACAAAAUUGGAGCCGUCGAUUUCAUAUUUACCAUAUAUGGUCAAUCGGAGGCGUUUCUGAGUGUAAAGGACCCUAACCAUGAACGAGCACGGUAGGAAAGAACAGGUGGGAUUUAUCAUCACUGAUUACUUACGUGUGUGCGUACGACCGUGUCCACAUGUUUGAGAAAUACAGAUUUUUUGUUCUUACACAGAUUCGACAUUUCAUUCCUACGACAAAAUUUAGAAGUUUUUCUACGCACGGUUGAGAAACGAGGACCCUGGAGCUGUAAAUUCAGAAGAGUCCAUGAGAGUUGGCGUUCGUGUCUCCGCCUGCUGUCAGAGGUGAUUGUUCAAACUUGUAACUGUAGGUCAUGAAGAGCAUGUGACACCCCUCCCCCGUGAAGUUCCCGACUUUUUUGAUUCAGAGACCAAAAUCCUCCUCCAUCGGGCCGCAGAGAUGCAGCAUCAUCGUCUUUGCGGACCUCUGAGGUCACCUGACCCGACCCGACUCUGGGUCCGAGCCCAGCGAGCUGAGGAGGCGGGAACACGCCGAAACGGCCCAUUAACCGCCGCCUCACCGCGCCACGCUACAGUACGCCGCUGCUGAUUUAUGGGACUGCAGCAGGCCGGUGAGGGUGAGCGGUAAAUCAGAAUAAAUGGAUGUGGAGGGGAGUGUGUGUGUGUGUGUGCGUGUGUGUGUGUGUGUGUGUGUGUGUGUGAGUGUGUGUGUUUGUGUGUGUGAGGAAGAUGAAACCAAACAGCUCAGCAUGCUCUCACCUGCUGCCAGAAACACAUGAAUAUCGAUGAACACACACACACAAACACACACACACACACGUGUGUGUGUGUGUGUGUGUGUGUGUGUGUGUGUGUGUGUGUGUGUGUGUGUGUGUGUGUGUGUGUGUGUCUUGGGGUUUUCUAAUCGUUAGUGUCAGAGAAAGGGUUAGCGUUAAGUAGCAGCUAUAUAAAUGCUAAUUCCUCAUCAAGUGCUGGGCUCUGAUUGGUUAUUCUUUAUGGCUAUGAAACGUCAUCGUCUGUCGGGUUAGGAGAUUUAGAAUUACGAUAAUGUUCUGUUCGAUGUACAGAGCCGACAGCUCGCAUUUGGCUUGAGCGCUAGAAGACGUUUCCAGCUUUUCUAGCCAAUCAGAGGCGAUGGAGGCGGGACUUUGCCCUACCAUCCAACAAAAAAAUAUAUCUCGGCCGGGAGAGUGGGAGGGGACGAGUCGGAAACACGGGAGAGGGGUGUGUCGAAUACAGCGAGGUGAUUGAAUGAAGAGGCGGAGCAGGAGAUUGACCAAUAGGAGCUGUCCGGGAUGGAUGGCUCCUAUUGGUCAAUGUUUUUGCAGCCCUGCACCUGAUAGGGUGAACGGAUUUUUUCCGUUCUUUUUUCUCUUCACUUUGUGGAGAUCGCACUAUAGGACCAUGGUCGCCAUAGAAACGAGGUUCAUAAUAAUUACUAAUCUCUACAAUCGUCAACCAUGCCUUAAAAGUCUACCUGUAUAGAUUUACAGUACACACCUGAUGAGGACAUUCAGGGGUGUAUAAGAUGAUUUUUAGGGGAAUAAAGUCGAAACACGAGUUAAACGUCACCUUUUGUUUUUACAGGUUGGUUUUCGCAGACGUGCAGCAGCAGAGACUGAAAUAAGGUCAAAGAAAGAUUCUGCAAAGAUCUCUCAAGUGUCGCUCCUGUCGACAUAAAUCCAGACCCGCCUGCAGCUGAUUUCCGCCGUCGUCAUAACAGCCAAACUCACUUUGUGUUAUUGCUCAUAAUUGCGGCGGGAAGCAUCACGAGGAGCAUCCUCUCAGCCGCUGUGGGUGUAAUAUCCGACCUAAUUACACAGAUAAAGCAGCAGUCUGAGCCGUGAACGAGUCAUUUAGAGGAUCAAUAGUCCUGUUUAAGGGUUCGCUCCUACACUGCUCGAUAGGAAACGCACCGCUGAGCUGAUGCCCUGAGUCGAUAACGCUGUUAAACGCUGAUUAAUACGCGUCACGGCUGAUGAAGACGAAUGAGACGCCGCGGAUGUUUACAAACAGACGGGGAAAGGAUUUGUCUCUCCGUCAGAGGGGUUACCUUUUCUAUCUGUCCCUCUGCUUCUUUAUUAGUCCUGUUAGGAAGGCCCGUGUGUUGUGUGUGUGGUUAUUGAUCCUCCUCCUCAGUGGAUAAAGAGUGCCCCACUCUGGAGUUUGGUCUCCUUUAUUAUCCCUCCAGCUCUCCUCUCUCGUCUUUCAGAGUUCACUCCUUCAGGUCUUAUUUACACCUGAAUAAUAUCGGGAAACAUCAACGAAGAUCGGAGACGUACCCCGGCACCGGUCUGGUGUGUCAGCUGGUCCGAUUUUCUUGGACUCCUGUGUUUGUCUCUGUUUGCUUUGGCCUCCCCGACACAAGGUGGAGAUACGGUCCAUUUCAGCUGGUUCCUUUUGGGCCAUCUCCCUGUGGACCUGUUGUGCCACAGACCAAAGCAAUCAACACCACCCUCUGGAGGGAGCUCGUUUCUGCUUCCUCAGAGAAGAGAGACCCGGGGCUCCAGUUACCCGGAAUUUCCACCGCAUCCGGAACGGCUCCGAACGAUGGCAAUUUUCAUCGUAUGCCAAUUCCUACCAGAUCUGUUUGUGAGGCGAGUUUCAUGGUGGAUUACGGACAGCAGGAAUCAUGAGAACUCACAAGAACCCAUGGAUUCACGUGCAAUCACGUGAUAACGAGUUGUCUUUAGCCACAGAGGCUAACCAUGUAAGCAGUAGAUUGUGUCCUUCCAGAGGAGGAAAUCUACUUCUAGACUUCUAGAAUCUUCUAGAAUCUUUGCCCAACGUGAAGGAGCUCGGGUAUCUUGAGAUUGAAAGGUGGAUCAAUGCAUGGAAAGAAAUUGACUAACGCGCUGUGGUGAGGAGGAAGCUGAGCUCGAGGGAGAAACUUUCGGUUUACCAAUCGAUCAACUAAAGUCGUGGUUAAGGUCACAGGAGCAAACAUUUAGGUCUGUUUGAAGGUGUCUCGGUCCGUUUCAAGGUGUCUUGGUCUCUUUCAGGUGUCUCGGUCUGAAGGAGUCUUGGUCUGUUUCAGGUGUCUUGGUCUGUUUCAAGGUGUCUCGGUCUGAAGGUGGCUUGGUCCGUUUCAGGAGUCUUAGUCUGAAGGUGUCUUGGUAUGAAGGAGUCUUGGUCUGUUUGAAGGUGUCUUGGUCUGUUUUUAUGCGUCUUGGUCUGAAGGUGUCUCGGUCUGUUUCAGGUGUCUCGGUCUGUUUGAAGGUGUCUUGGUCCAUUUGAAGGUGUCUUGGUCUGAAGGUGUCUCGGUCUGUUUGAAGGUGUCUCGGUCUGAAGGAGUCUCGGUCUGUUUCAGGUGUCUAUGUUUUCAGUUGUCUUGGUCCGUUUGAAGGAGUCUUAGUCUGAAGGUGUCUUGGUCUGUUUUUAUGUGUCUCGGUCUGAAGGUGUCUCGGUCUGAAGGUGUCUCGGUCUGAAGGUGUCUCGGUCUGUUUUUAUGUGUCUUGGUCUGAAGGUGUCUCGGUCUGUUUCAGGAGUCUUAGUCUGUUUGAAGGGACCCUGAAGCGUCUGAUAAAAAUAAUCCUCCUGUAACAAUCAACCACCUGACAGCGUGGACCGUGAACUUGUACCUUCUCCCUGCGGUCUUGCUGACCCAGUUAAACUCUGUCUGGGGGAGCUGUGUUGCCAGUUUGGGUGCCGACUCUGCUGCCUUGCCCACAGGCUCUUUGGCACAGUAACAUGUAGGUCUGACAGCCAUCUGCUGUGUCCGGCUCGGCCUGUGGAGCAGCUCCAGAGGCAGCAGAUGGCUGCAGUGUGACAGAGGGUUUAAUUUGAUUCAAUUAUUGAUCAUUUCAAUCAUUAUUUACAUAAAUAAUCCUGCUGUUAUAAUCCUCUCUAAUCUGGAUUUAAUGUUCUUGUUAAUUAGUUUUGAUGAAAGUUUGUUUCAUUCAGAAAAAUAAAGAAAUCUUGGCUUUUAGUCCGCUCUGAUUCAGACGGUGAUCUCCUCUCCUUUCUUUUUUGAGAGCUUUCACUUUCAGUUUAUUCAGGUCCUCCUUUUAUCAUAUUAUAUCCUCUCAGACCCUACAGUGUUUUUAUGCUCACUAAAACAAACCAAAUCAACCAGAAUGAACACCAACCAAAGAGCAGCAGACUUUUUAAAAACUCCACAUCUCAAAGUAGGGCUGGACGAUCAACCAAAAAUUUACCGAUACUGAAAUUUACGUCAAUAAUGUCAAUAAUAAUUAUACCCGUAUCGGUAUAUAAGGUGGGAAAAAAAUCAAUAAAUCAAAGUAGGUUUUGGAUGUGUGUAGGUAGGCUAUGGUCUCAUGUCAGUAACAAAGAGGUAAAGACAGGUGAGGAGAUGGAGGACGGAGAGAAAGUUGUAGCUGCUGAAGUAGACGAAGUUAAUGUGGGAGGGGGUGAGCAGCUUGUGGAGUAGUUAUCGUACAUUUAUUGUUAUUGAGGUGAACUGAUCAAUAUAUGGUGAUAUUGAUUUGAGGACAUAUGGCCCAGCCCUAUCUCAAAGCAAACCUUCGAUUAUAAUCUUUUUAACUUUUCCACCAAAAUUUAUAUUUUGAUAAACAUCAGAGUUCGUUGAAGAAGACGUGAAACUGGAGUCAUGAAGUCUGAUCAAUUGUUCACAGGGGAAUAAAUCAAGUAAAGAGUUCGUGUUUUGUUUACUUUUACAACUUUUGACGUCUUUUUGAAACCAGUAGAGUCGCCCUCUGCUGGACGUAAAAACAGAGCAGCUUUAAGCACUGAGAUCUUCCUCUCAUAGCUGGGCUGAAGUCUAACCUAGCUCUCUUUCUCUUCCUCCUCAGAUCUGACUAUGAGAUGGAGUUUGACAGAUACCCUGAGGAUCACUGUAACAGGUACCGAACAUCCAUCUAUCUUGUUGUUUUUGGCAGGAUUGAUUAUUGAUACCAGAAGGUCGUGAACACAAACAUUCGAAGGGCUUUAGAUGUUUAUUCUAAGGGCAUCCUGACACGUCCAUGGGUGGAAUCAAGAGAUCGCUUUGUCACUUCAUAGUUACAGGAAAAACAUCCACAGAGAACUUUCCCCAGUUUAUUUACUCUAAGGUCAUUUUUUCAUGUCGGUUUGACUGGAAACGUUUUCAGAGGACACGGUUUCUACGACCUAAAACUGGAGAGGAAUCCUCUGAGGUGUUUGUACUAAAGAAGUUGAUCUUAGAACGUUUUCCUCGACUUGGAUGAAAAACUUUGGACAUUUUCACAACUGGAACAAUCAAACUAAGAAGACGUGAAUUCAAUUUGAUUUAUUUUGGUCCUGAUCCCUCAAAGUGUUUCAGGCAGCAGCUCUGGAUGUCAUCUCAGCGUCUCAGAGUCUGAAUUUGUUUCCUGAGUGACUCACGUCGCUCAUUUUCAGCCGAGAGCAGGAAGUUGUUCUCCUCUUCCUGUUCGGAGUCAGCGUAUGAUCGAGGUAAAGGUUAGGAAUGACCGCCCUCCUCUCAGAGAUGUUUACAGCUCCAGGAGGAGAUGAAAACCGUGAGAGGAUCCAUGUUUGACCUUUUCGUCUCUCAGCUUUCAGACGGUUAGAGACGAGCACAGCUGCUGUCUGAGACUCACAUGAAGAGAUAACAUCCAUCAAAGAGGAGGAAGGAGGGAGAAAUCACAGCUCUGAGUUAGAGAGAUUAGAUCCAAUCAGUCAGAUUUAUGGAAACAGAGAGAGAACGAAGUCGAGAUCAAAACGAUGAGAGGCUGAAAACAAAUGAAACAACAGAUCCAAAGAGAGAGAAAGUAAAACGAAGGAAGAUUGAGAAGGAAACAGCAAAGAUGAACAGAAACCUGCAGAGACAAUCCAGGAACCAGGGUCAGGUGAUCCACAAAGAACUGGAUUCAUCUGAUUCUGUGAUUACCUGAGCUGUAAACAGGAGUAUGCGCCAAAUUCUCUGUCCACAGGGGGCGCCAAAUCCAAGCAGACUGACAAAUCUCGACCGAAUAUACGUUUAAAAUUUUGUGUUUGAUGUUUGACUUUAAUUUUUGCAUCUUUGCUGAGUUGGUAAAAUUUGACAGUUGAGAAGCACUUUUUGAAUUUUUGGCAUUUUGGACUUUUUAAAGGGACAGCUGAAGACAGGUGGGGAAGGUGGGGAGUAGAGAGGUCUUCUAGAGCUUGUUCUUCUGAACCAGCAGCUUCUAAGAUAGAGAAAACAGACGGUGAUAAGAGGAGCUUCACAGCUGCACACAAACUGCACAUUGCGGAAUUUAAAGAGUUAAGGUCCUUUCACACCUGCAGCGUUUUUUUUCCUGUGAUUAUUUCAGACGUCAAUAUUUUUUUCUAACCCAUAUCCUGUCAAUACAAGCGUUCACAUCAGCGACGUUUUCCCGUCCUGCGAUAUUGCAGCAUUUAUUUUUUUGUAUCACAGUCGAAUUUUCUAUUUCACCGGUUCACCGGUAUAUCCAACAUGGCCGACCGGCUGAUUGUUUACAUGUCGGAGAACAGAGUGAUUUUUGAUAAAAGACACAAACAUUACAAAGAUAACGACCUGAAGGACGACUUAUGGAGAGUCAUAGUGUCAGAUUUCUCAUAUGACGAUAGUUUGUGAGCUUUAACAGUUUGAUAAACGUCUUUGUUUCAACUUUCAUCUGUGCUAAGUAACUUUAGCUCGUAAGCUAACCUGUUCAGAUACAACAUACCAUAUUUUCUGUCACAGCACCAUUAGGUUUCAGUUGUUACCUUACGUUUAUGGAUUAUAGUUUAAUGCUCUUAUCUGGUACUGACCCUGACUCAGUACAUGCUAUCAUGACAGACAGACAUCUCAACACUAGAGUCUGAUCAGAACAGAGAAACACUCAGUCUGCUGUUGGGUCAGUCUGCUCACUUCCACCCACGACGUGUCUUUUCCCCCCCUGGAAAGUCGCAAAAUCGCAUCGGGCUUGAUGUGUAUAGUCAGGCGUGUCAAAAUUUGCCUCAGAAUAUUUCAUAAUUUCGUGUCCUAUAUUUGCGUUGGUCCCGGUGUGUGAGGACCUUUACAGAGACAUCAACCAAAUUAAAGAAAACAGAAACGAUUAUCAGUCGUAAAAGUUUCUGGGUUGGAGACAUGGAGUUUCAGGGAUGCAGAAGAUUAUCAGGUAAAGAGGUAAACUGGAGCAGCAGAGCGUCUGACCUGAACCCUGGAUGAUGUUUUUAUUACCUCCAAACAUCUCAGCUGGAAAAAAAGAGAAGUGAAAAACAAAAACAAAAAGGUUUUUCCAUCAGUUUAAAUGAGAAUCCCAUCUGUGAGAGAGAGAGAGAGAGAGAGAGAGAGAGAGAGAGAGAGAGAGAGAGAGAGAGAGAGGGGAAACAGGAAAUAAGGCUUUAGACAGAAUUAGCAUUAGUCUGAUGGAGAAUACAAUCACACCAACAAACCUUUUUUAACUAAAUGACAAUUAAAGCGGCUCUGCUGCAGGAAAUGGGAAACGAGAGAGUGAGUUUGUUCUUAAUGUGAGAAAACCACCUCCAUUAGUCUGAAGUGACUCCGUGUGAGUUUCUUUUCCUCCGUUUUACACGUUUCAACGUUUAAAGUAAGAGUAAAUGUUUCUAAGAGGCCUAAAUUUUUGUUUUUGUCCGUUUGUAUCUCUGGAUUAUUCGAUUCUUCUCAGCGACGAGUUAAAACAGGCGUCAGAAAACGAUCCGAACCCGUUUUUGUUCGAGCCGUUCUGCUUUUUCACCGCCUGUAAAACCUCCUGACAGCUCUGAAGGUGACACACGGAGGACUCAGCAAAUUCAUGACAAGAGAGGAAAAACAACAAACACUCCGACUCUGUGUGUGUGUGUGUGUGUGUGUGUGUCAGGGGAAAUGUGCCACUACAGCAACUUAGAGUGAAAACGUUCACACAAACUCAGUGAAAGCAGUUUAUUAUAAAUCAGCCGCUCUCCUCUGUCAGCCGCUCUGAACACACCUGAGCUCACACUAAGGCCUGCAGGUAAACAACCAUGUGACGGACGGUUUUCAGUCCACCUGUGAACGAGGCCCUCACCGCUCCUCGCCAUGAUUGGGAUUAAAAAAAACCACCAGAGCUGACCUCCUCUCUCAUGAGCAUCUGUGAUGAAUCGACGUGGGUUCACUGUGGGAUUACAGGAUGUCAGAAAUAAUGAAAAUCUGUCGCUCUGAGUCCUCCCCUCUCCUAAAGAGCGCCGGUCUGGAUGUUAGGAGGAGGAUUUGACUCUUCCUCAUGAGUUCCUGUCUCCCCUGAAAUCCUGCAGGAAUGAUCCCGAGUGUUUAAUUUUACACAGACGGAGUGUGUGAGGGGAAACUCCAUCACACAGCGGCCUGUAAAUAUUUACAGGUGUUUAUCUGCUGGGCUGAGGAUUAUCAGCUUAGUGAGGUACAGUAGCCCUCAUCGUCCAGCACACACACACGCACACACACACACACACACACACACACACACACACACACACACACACACACACACACUGUAUCCUGCUGUGUGUGUGUGUGUGUGUGUGUGAGGCUGCAGGGACAAACAGCAGGAGGUCUGAAUGUGUGUGUGAUGAUCACUCCCGCUCACAAAUCUAAAGUUGCUGACGGUAUGUUAAUCCUCGGCUCUGCUGCUGCUGCUGCUGCGGUAAACUGUGAGCGGGACACAAAGAGCGGCACAGGAAGACAGAAAAACGUCAAAGUCUAGAAGAAGAAGAAGGAGGAGGAGGAGGGGAAGGAGGAGGAGACGAAUAUAGAGUCUGAGGAAGAGGAGGCGGAUUCAGAGAAACUUUGAUUUUCUUUGAAUGAACAGUUUCUGUAUUUUUAGCUUCUCUCUCGUACCUGGAAAACACGCCGUCAUGAGAUCGACGAAAAGUUUAUUUUUAAAACGUCUUUUCCAGAAAUUAGUUUUUUUUUCACCACAUCUACUUUAAGAUCAACAGUCAAGAGUCUGCAGGAGCACAGAAACGUGCUCGCUCUGGGUUCUGGUUUUCACCCGUCAGCUCCGCCCUCUGUUAGGUCAGUUAAAGGUGGUGUAGUCAGGAUCUGAGUUAGGUCCAGUUUUUAGGAGAAAUCUUGAAUGUAAACUCUACCCCUCCAGACCAGUUUUCCCCUCAGCUCCUCCUCUCCCCUUAAGCCCCGCCCACAAACAGACGCUCCUGCUCGCUCGUAUCGUUAAUUAAAUUCAGAUAUAAUGCAGAUAAAUACUUCAGAUCAUUACAAAUGGGGCCCAGUCAAGGUGAAAGUCAAAAGCAUUGGUGCUACUGUAGAUGCCAACAGACUACCAGCAAACACAAUGUUUGCAGGACUUCUACAACGAGGAUAAAGUGACAUAGUCCAGGACCCGAGGGAGGACAGUUUAGCGAUGGCGCUAAAUAAAUAAGAUAAGAUAUUUAACAUUCAUGAUAAAUCUCAUAUUGUUACGGCCCUAAUUAAAAGAAACAAUCAGUGGUUUUACCUGACGGGACACAGGAGUUGUUGUUCUGUCCUGCUUUGGUUGGUUAGUUAGUUUUGUCAAAGUGGAGGUGGUUUCCUGCGCUGAAGAAAAAGGCUGAGAGAUAAAAUCUGUGAAUGUGAUUGGUUAAUAAAAUUACAUUAUUAUUAUUAUAAUUGCUCCGGUUGUUUGUUACCUUUGUACAACGGAGUAUCAGGGCCACAUUGAGCAAAAAAAAAAUUUAGGACUUCGAGAUUGAAGUCGUAAAUAAAUGAUAUAAAAACAUUACUAAUCAUCACUAAUGAGAAUAAAGUUGAAAUAAAAUUCUUACAAGAAUAAAGUAAAAAAAAAAUCAGUCAAAAUCAUUACUAAUGAAAUUACAGUUGUAAUAAAAUUAUUAUGAGACUAAAGUCGUGAAAAAAAUUUACAAAAAAAGUCGUAAUAAAAUUAUUACUAACGAGAAUAAAGUAAUAAAAGUAUUAUGAGAAUAAAGUUGUAAUAACACUAUUUCAAAUUAAGUCGAAAUAAAAUUAUUACGAAAUUAAAGUUGUAAUAUAAUUAUUCAGAAUAAUGUCAUAAUAAAAUCAUUACUAAUGAGAAUAAAGUUAAAAUAAAGUCCUUAUAUUCUAAGCUGUUGUUUAAGAUGACAGUCGAAGAAUUUAGUGAAAAUGUACUUUAAUUUAGGUUUAUUUAAUAAGGAGAUACUUCAUGUUUUGGCACAUCAGCACCACACUAUCAUGAGUAUCAUGAUGACUUCAUUCUUUACGACUUUAUUCUCAUAAAUUAACGACUUUAAUCUUCAAGUCUUAUUAUUUUUUUCUCUUAAUCUGGCCCUAACACAAAAACGAUGAAAAAAUCCAAAAACAUGUUUUUUUAUGAGGUUCACAGAUAUAAUCUUCCUCCGGCUGUCGAGGUUUAAAUGUACUUUUAAUGCUGCUGAGGCGGCGUUGGAAACAAGUGUGUGUGUGUGUGUGUGUGUGUGUGUGUGUGUGUGUGUGUGUGUGUGUGUGUGUGUGUGUUGGAGGUGGAGUGUACUGCAGUCACUCCUCCUGCAGCUGCAGAUGGAUGCUGUGAUAGACAGCAGAGGUUGGCAGAGAGACGAAGAGCUGCUCCUCGUCCUCCUCUAUCGCCGUCUGCAUCAAAUUGGAGCUGUCAGUCAGCCGCACAACACACGACCAGAGCGAAACAACACACACACACACAACAACAUCAGCACCUGUUCGGGGGGCGCUGAGAGAAGAAAUGAAACCAAAUCAGCGCAGGUUAUCGCUUUGAUAAGAUAAAUUGUUCCGUCCUUCAUAAAGUUGGAGCAGGUAACGGCGGCGGCCGGCGGAGGAACAGCUGUGCCGCGGCUUUAAGAGCAAAUUCACUUUGAGUUGACUUUGAGCUGCAGCUCCAUCAUCAUGCAGGAGCUUUCCUUCUUCAUUAACAUCCUUAUAAAUCAUUUUAAUACUUUUAUAAGAACCAAGAGGACUUUGUUCAAGGUGAGCAGGAUCAGGAUCACACUCUGAAGUCCGGGGAACAUGGUGCUGGGCCUCGUUUCUAACAUACUGAGAGUCUGAAUCAGUCCAGCUGCCUGGAGGAUGGUUAGACCUGGACCUUCAUCGACCAUCAUCCAGUCUGUUCUAGGGCUGCAGCGAUCGAUUGUUUUAGUAAUCGAGUGUUCUACCGAAUAUUCAUUGAGUAAUCAGACCCAAACCACAGACUCAGACACAGUGAGAUUUCCUACAUCACAAAUCCAAGCUCCUCCCCCAGAACCCCACUAUGAAGGCCAGACUUGGAGAAAUAGAGGACGAUUGCGGAACAAGCGUGUGCGUUAGCGGAUUGCAAUACUCGUGAGAAAUUUAAUUAUGAUAUUAACUUUCAUCAUGUCCCCAAAGACAUUAGUGUCAGAGAGCUGAAAGCUCCAUGUUACCUGCUACUCCUUCAACAACAGCAAUGUUUGGCUGCAAGCUAGCCUGAAGAGGAGUGUGCAAAUUAACGCUGUCUCCGCCCACAACCCAGAGGGGAAUUGCUAAUGAUCUACUGGAGCUCUGUCUCAUUAUUCAAUUUUUCGGCUCCAAAAAAACCAAAACCAAAACCAAAACCACGCUAACUCCUCCUUCUACCAUGCUGACGUAAGCGCCUUGUGUAAACCUUGAAAAUAAUCUGUGUGAACCAGUGACGAUUUGAGUUUAAAAACAAGUACUUGAAAAUGCCUCGAUCAUUUUUUGUAGUCGAGGUACUCGAGGAAUCGUUUCAGCUCUAGUCUGUUCGGUCACGUCCACAUCCUGUUUCUACACCGCCAAGAAAACAGACUAACUCUGUGUUGUAAAGGUAGGGUAGUCAGGAUCUGAGGAGGUUCCAGUUUUUUGGAGAAAUCUUGGAUGUAAACUCGACCCCUCCAACCAGUUUUGUGGGGUAUAUACAAACCUUUUUUUUGUAUUUACACCACAAAAAAAGAUGUUUCUUUCCCAGAAUCCUGCCCACCCCACCCUCAACACCUAAAAAAAGGUUGUUGUUGUGCAGGUGAACACGUGUUUUCACCAGGACAUCAAUACUUACUCUCUCUAACGUUUGUUUUAGUGACUUUUCUGAGCUCAGAGCAACAGGAGGAAUAAAAACAGGAGUCAAAAAUUUGAGUGAGAAUUGAAGGAAAAUGUUUGAUGUUCCUGUUUAAACUUUAAUUAAACCGCCUCAUCCAUCCAUCCCAUAAUAUGCUCUUCAGUUUGUUCAGGAACAUAAAGUGAAAAAUCAUCGAUCACCCUCCACUUCAUGACGCUCAUAAAACAGACACAAACAGCAGCCCCGGGGCAGUGGUGCAUCAUGGGAUUUUUCUACCUGUGUGUGUGUUUGCAGGGUGUUUGAUUAUCAGCGCGUCCCGUCCUCGGUCCCGGUGGAGCCCAGUCCAGUCAAACGAGCCCGCCCUUCCUCCUCCUCCUCCUCCUCGUCCUCCUCCACAGCGGCUCUGAAGAUGAAGAGCAGCAGAGCGACCAGCAGGAGCAACAACACACACACCUCCUCCUCCUCCUCUUCAUCUUCAUCUGACAGUAAAUGUAAGAACGAAGCUGAACACACACACACACACACACACACACACACACAUUUUAUUGAUUAAUUUUAUUUAUUUAUUUAUUUUUUAUUAAUUUGAUUAAAUUGCCAUGAGGGGACCUGGAUCCUUGGGUGGGACCUCCAUAUGAGGCAGUAGAGCUGUCUGAACCCGUCCACACUGCUGCUGAUGAGAGCUCGUUCACCACAAUGACUGUCUUUGUUUCUUUCAAGAACGGCCGAUCAAACCAAUAUGUGAUAAUUAUUUAAACAUUUCUCUAAAAUAUUUCUUUAAAAAUAUUUAGAAAACAUUUGGGCCCCGUUCAUUAACUCUAUGGAUCAUAUUUUCUGUUAAAGCUGCUCUAAUAAUUAUUAUUUGGAGAAAAACAUUUUCCAGUCUUUGGCAGAUUUAGGUUUGGUUAGGUUAGCUUUGGUUUAGUUUAGUUUAGUUAAGAGUGGUUUAGUUAGGUUUGGUUUGAUUUGGUUUAGUUUAGUUUAGUUUAGUUUAGUUUGGUUUGAUUUGGUUUAGUUUAGUUUAGUUUAGUUUAGUUUAGUUUAGUUUGGUUUAGUUGAUUUCGGUUAGGUUCGGUUAGGUUAGGUUUGGUUUUGUUUUGGUUUCGGUUAGGUUUGAUUAGGUUUGGUUAGGUUUAGUUUAGUUUAGUUUAGUUUGGUUUAGUUAGGUUUGGUUUUGUUUUAGUUU